AUCUUUUUUUUUUUUUUUUCAUAACACCAUUUUCACGUUACCUCAAUCAUUAAGUUUUCUUUUCCUCCUUUUUCAUUCCUACCAAUUCAGAAACCUCAUCUCUCAUAUGCUUCCCCCAAUUCUUACACAUUGGGAAUUCAAAAGUCGCUAAGAUAAUUGAACCAUUGAGUAGCCUCCAAGUAUUCCGUUCCAAUUGCAAUAACCUUAGUGUACCUUUUGGACACCGUGUUCGCGUCCUGCGUGCAAAGUGGCAGAAACCGUAUUCCUCAAAUUCUCCCUCAAUCGCAAUACACGCUAGCGAGAUCCGAACGAAUAACAACGUGAUUAAGAAACAGGGGAUGGCGAAUGAUAAAGUGAUUGAUGAAGGUGAGAAGAACGAGAGCGGUGUUACGAAUUCCUCCGAGGGUGGAACGAAGAAACGAAAAGGAUUUUUGUCGCGAAUUUGGAAUGGGAUACUUAGGUUACACGGUGAUGAUUUUGAGAAGAGACUCCAAUACAUUUCUAAAGAGGAGGCUCAGGUUAUGACUAGGAUGAACAGGAGAUCACGAUCCUGGAGGAGAAUUUCCCGCCAUCUUAUUGUGUUUUCUGUCAUAUUUGAGGUUGUUGCUAUAGUUUAUGCUAUUAUGACAACAAGAUCAAUUCAUAUGAAUUGGAAAAUGAGAGCACUCCGGGUUUUGCCAAUGUUUCUUUUGCCUGCACUGUCAUCGGCUGCCUAUGCAGCAUUUGUAAGCUUCACAAAGAUUUGUGAUCGUAGGGAUCAGAAAAUUCUUGAAAGGCUUCGAGCUGAAAGGCAAGAAAAAAUUGAUGAACUCAAAGAAAAGACAAAUUAUUACACUACACAACAGCUCAUUCAGAGAUAUGAUCCAGACCCAGCUGCAAAAGCAGCUGCUGCAACUGUUUUAGCGUCUAAGUUGGGUGCAGAUUCUGGUUUGAGAGUGUAUCUGGAAGAUCAACUCAAUUCCGAUGCUUCAAUAGGCAAGAGCAAUGAUGUUGAACUUAUGCAGUCCUCUGGAAUUCGAAAUCGGAGACAAGUUCAAUCUAGAUGCACUAGUCCAAGAUCAGCCACACCAAAUUCUGGUGAUCAACAGGUUGGUCUUGGGGGAAGUUAUCAAACCCAAACUUUUGACGACAAUCAGCCUGUUGUUGUUGAACAUCACCAACCUCAAACUUCAAACACACAAGAUGGUGGAUGGAUUGCACGAAUUGCAGCUUUGCUUGUGGGUGAAGAUCCAGCACAGUCUUAUGCUCUCAUAUGUGGUAACUGCUAUAUGCAUAAUGGUCUAGCUAGGAGGGAGGAUUUCCCAUUUAUAACAUACUACUGCCCACACUGUCGAGCACUAAACAAACCGAAGCAAUUGGAUGAACGUAUUUCUAGUCUUACUUCUCCAAAUACAGGGACUCCAAAAACAGACAAUAGUUCCACUGAUGCAGUUAAAAAUAUUAGGGUUUCUACAGCUGAGAGUAUAAUGGCAGGCAGUAGUCCUGGAAGUGCUUCUAGCUCUGAGAUUGGGGAAGUAACAGAAAGGGCAAGUGUGGAUGAGAAAGUUGAUUAAAAGAACGGCCUUUUUUAUGAUUCAGCUGUUGGGAUGACAUGUCUAGCCCCUUGUUGUGGACAGACUAUAUGUAUAAAGGAAAAAUAUUUCGGUAUUAGUUUCCUUGGUUGGCUUUGCAACAGGAAGAGUGUUGAAAUACUUUGAUACGUCUCGUAAUGUGUGUUACAGAAUACACUUAUUAUGUGAGUAAAGGCAAUUUUGACUUUAUUUUUCCUUUUUUUCGAUACUAUCGUGACAGUGUUCUAGUUUUAAAUUGUAUCUCAGAAAUUUUGGGUUCUGGAUUUC